AUGCUCCAUCUGUGCGGUCACUUUGUAUUCAAUUUUCAUAUUUUCGCCAACAGUAACAAUUGUGCGGGAAUUGGAAAAUGAGCUGGAUAGUUUUCAGAAACGGAUACACAAGAGAACUGCUAUUGGAUGCUGUUUCUGACAAGCAUCGGCAAGUGCAUGAGUAAUCCGCUUAUUUUGAUGACCGGAAUCGACAGGUUCAUUGCCUGCAAGUCUCCGGUUAUGUGAGUGAGAUCGGAACAACGUUAGCUAUCAAAUCGAUCAUUACCAGAUACCGUACUCUUCUGGAACGUCCGAACCUCUACAUUUGUGGCCAACUCGUGUUUCCCGUCACGUAUACCACUGUCAUUAUGAUUUCUGGAUUCAUCCAGAGAGAUCCCACAACGUAACGAAUAGGUUUUCCCUCUUAUUUCCACUCCAGGCAAUCCAUUCAGCCAGAUAGUCUGCACAGUGCCUGUGGCUCUCGCCGGUACCGCCUUCUCCACGUUCAACACAAGCGGAAUCUUCGUGAACUGCGCCAUCGUCAUCGUCUACUUUCUCACUUUCCUCAAACUUCGCAGCUACGCCGGUGCCACCCAGAUGAAGGUGGUGUUCCGAUCGAUUCUGUGGACCGUCGUCUUCGUGAUUCUCGGAUGGACAAGUGUCACCGUCGCCAACCAGUUUGCCAUCUUUUCCAACGAUCCGCUCACCCGAAAACUGAUCGCCAUCUACGCCGGAAUCGGAGUGAAUCUCGCGUGUGCCAGCAAUGUGUUUGUCUUCUAUGCGAUCAAGUAUGUAAUAGUUGUUGGCCGAACACUUUCAUUUAUUUCAGUACGGAAUAUCGUGAAGCGAUCCGACGUCUUUUCGGAUUAUCCCGACUGCCUCCAUCGAAUCGGACAAGCGUCGGACACAAAAGUUCUACGAAAAUAAACGUGGUGAUUGCUACGACGUAG